GAGGAUGUCAACUAGUGCCUUUGCAAGGGAUGAAUCCAAUCUGUGCCAUUCAAGAUCGACGGACAUGGUUGGCAGGCUGAUGUGUGAUGUAGACGCCUAAGUAAAUUGGCUCCCGCCAUCACUCGGAAUCAUAUGGCUACCAGGGCUUACAACGGACAGGAGGCAGAGGUCAUCGUGAGCUUUCAUGAUGGCUACUCUUACUCCAAAGCCAAGUUGGAGGCCAGUCUACGAGAGCUCGUGUAUGAUCGCAAGCCCGUCAAACCCGCCAAAGAACCGAUCAACGCCAAACGGGAGGACGUAGAUAUCAUCGUGAACGAGUUCGAGAUUUCGCGACAACAAGCCGAGAAGCUGCUCACUGAACAUGGCGGCGACCUCGACAAGACACUCAGAGCACUCGUGAACAGCUAGGCCAGAACCGUAACGACCAUUCUCUUACUCGAGUAGUAACUACCUCAAAUAUUUCAUGGUCCAGC